AUGGCAAAUGUACCAUUUGUACAAGGUGAUCCGAAUGUUAAAAUUCACAAUAAAGAUGAAAAAGAAGAUGAUCGUUUAGAAAUUUUAUCAUCUAUAAUUAAUAAUCGUUUUAAAAUAUUAAAACGACUUGGUUCAGGUUCUUUUGGUGAAGUUUUUCUUGCUAAAGACAUAACAACUAAUUUAUUAUGUGCUAUUAAAACGGAACGAAGUGAUUCAAAACAUCCACAAUUACGUAUUGAACAACAAAUAUUUUUAAGAAUGGAAAAUUGUUAUCCAUCAAUGAUAGCUCUUAUUGAAGAAAAAGGUUUUAUUAUUCUUGCUAUGGAUUUAUUAGGCCCAUCACUUGAAGAUUUACUUAAUUUUUGUCAAAGAAAAUUUAGUAAAAAAACAGUUCUUAUGUUAAUUGAUCAAGCCGUAUUGCGUAUUCAGCAUAUGCAUGAACAAUAUUUAAUCCAUCGAGACUUAAAACCUGAUAAUUUUCUUAUGGGUACAAGACAAAAAGCAAACAUAUUACAUGUUAUUGAUUUCGGUCUUUGUAAACAAUAUCGAGAUCCAAUUACACAUAUUCAUAUUUCAUUAACCUAUGGUAAAAGUUUAACAGGCACUGCUCGUUAUGCUAGUAUAUAUACUCAUCGAGGAUAUGAACAAUCACGUCGUGAUGAUCUUGAAGCAUUAAUCUAUAUUCUUAUUUAUUUAUCUAAAGGCGAAUUACCUUGGAUGGGUAUUAAAGCAAGUGAUAAAAGAAAAAAAUAUGAAUUAAUUGCAAUGAAAAAAAUGAAUAUAACAUCAAAUGAAUUAUUUAAAAAUUUACCUAAACAAUAUAAAAUUAUAUAUAAUUAUAUUCGUUCAUUAACAUUUCAUGAAAAACCUGAUUAUCUAUAUAUACGUUCACAAAUUCGAUCUAUUUUUCUUAAGUAUCAUUAUAAAUAUGAUUAUAUUUAUGAUUGGUAUUAUAUUGCUAAACGAAUGAAAAAUAUUUUAGAUAAACAAGAAUAA